ACCAUUGCAACACUGGACUGGGACUAUACAAUGGCCCAUAUUUGCUCUUGGGCAAAAAACCUAGACGGUGGUCGUGCAAUGUCGCAGUUACGCGCGGUCUGAGUAGUCGUGCGCGUUGAGGUGAUGUCUAUCGCAACACGUAUAUCAAGUGAAAAAGAUGAAAAAGCAAAUGAAUUUCGUCUAAGAAGGAAAGCACGUCGAUCGGAAGAGACCUUACAUGUCCGUUACUCUACUCCACACCACACGCCAAAACACCCGGGGAACUCAGAAGGAAGAACGGAGGGACUGGAACAAGAGGGAAAGAGGAUCCUGAGGCCCUGUACCUCCACCGCGUCUUAGUAGUUAGCUUACUUGUUGCGGUUAAUCAAAUGCUGAGGACAAAAAAAAAAAAAAAGAUCGGAAGAG